CUUCGUGGUAGUAUUUCUGUGCAGUACCCUCACAUUUUGGAGUCUCCAUUGUCUCCGGCUCUCUUAGCAAUGGCGGAAAUGGGGCAAGUUGAAGUCAUGGAAGCAAGGUCGGUGCAAGUAUGGAGAGGACUGAUCAAUUGGCUCUCCUUUUUCCUGCAAUCGCUUCUCCAGAUUCUCAGAAACACUCCUUUGCCUCAGCUUCUCUCUCACCUCGGCUUCGCUACCACCACUACCAACCACCAUCUCCCUACUUUCAUCCCCAUCCCUACCGUCGACCUCCCUCUGCAAGAUUCCUCGCCGCUACGACUCAGCUUCCAUGACCAAAUCGACAACUCGGCUCCUCCUGAGAAGCUCACGGUAGUUCUUGAUUUGGAUGAGACUCUGAUUUGUGCGUAUGAAUCCUCUGUCUUGCCUGCUGCUGUUCGUAGUAAUGCAACAGAGGCUGGAUUGAAGUGGUUUGUGUCGGAAUUCAUGUCUCCAGAAUCUGAAGGAAAGCGUGAGGUGACAGUAUUUGAACGACCAGGAUUGCAAGAGUUCUUGAAACAGAUUGCUGAAUUUGCUGAUCUUGUUCUUUUCACUGCUGGGCAAGAAGGAUAUGCUAAACCACUUGUUGACAGAAUAGAUGCAGAAAACAGAAUUAGCCUUCGUCUUUACAGGCCUUCAACUUCUAGCACUGUGCUAGCUCUUCAGCUCAAGCUAUGUUCUCAGAAACAGCAUGAUAUUCUUGUUGUGCUUUGGGAUGUCUGCAACUGAAAUCUCUUCAUUCCUUUGGACCAUACAUUUGCAAUUUUAGUUGUUAGUGGAAUGUGUUUUACUACUUGUUGCAUAAGUGAGAUGCAUAGCCCAUAGGUUUCACAGAGCUCAAUGAUGGAGGGAAGUUAGAAAAAGGCAGCAUAGUUGAGACUUAAACCCUUUGAUGUCUUUAAUAUUUCCAAAGUCUGAUGGUAUGUAAACCACAGGGUAUACAGGGAACAUGUGAAGGAUCUAACCUGUUUGUCGAAAGAUCUCUCUCGUAUUGUAAUUGUUGAUAACAACCCUUUCAGUUUCUUGCUUCAACCAUUGAACGGAAUACCUUGUUCCUCAUUUUCUGCUACAGAGCUAAAUGAUAAUCAGGUAGGUUUUCAUUCUAAUUUCUAGCUUUAUACUAAUUGACUUUUGAUUGUAAGUAAUCUAAUUAUGCCCUCAUCUUGUUAUUUGGCUUUUCUAGCUUUCGGAGGUCAUUCUCCCACUCCUCAAGUUCCUCUCACUGCAGAAGGAUGUUAGGCCUAUUCUUUAUGACAGGUUCCACAUGCCAGAGUGGUUUCAAAUG